AAUAAACAACUGCAGUGGUGUCAGCAUCUAUAGCAAACGAACAGAGCUAGUCAACAGAAUUGUAAGGAAGUACGAAAUGCGGAUAAAAUUGCUUCGAUCGACAACUUUAUUAUUUUUCAAUUUGUUUCUUGCAACAUUUUAUCAUUAUGCGAUUGCUGAUGUCUAUCUGCAUGUACCCAGAAGUUCAAGCAACACACCUCUACGAAAUACCAUGAAUCGUGAAAACGGUGACAGAGUUUUUGACUUUCAGGUGUGUUUAAUCAUAUAAUCUUUUACGUGUCCUUUAAAAGAUAUUUAUAACUGCACUUUGAAGGAAACUUACUUUAUUUAAACCGUAUUGUUCAUUUGUUCUAUCCGUUUUAAUUAACUUUAUGUCUAUAUAUAUGAUUCCGUCAUCGAGGUACCCUUCGGUAACACCAGACGCAUGGCUAUUGAGCUUGUCAUGUGUUUAUAUGGACGGGCUGCUCGGAUGGCACUGUUCGUUCAACUUUUUUGCUACUAUUAAUAAUUAUAUGCCUUCUAUCAACUCUUUCUGAAUUAUAUAUUGAUUCUAAACAUUGAAAUAUAUUCGUCAUUUGGUUGGUGCUUUGGCUGCUAUUUUUGUGAGAUUAACUUUUCUACUCGCAAAUUAUUUUACAAGAGCAUAGCUGACAGAGGGUGUUCCUUGCAUUAAGUGAGGCAUUAAGCAGUGGCGUAGAUAAAGAGGGGCGAGGGGGGGGGGGAGCGAAAUAUGACAUGAUGAUGAAAUAAAAAUUGAGGGAUGAAAUAAAAAUUGAAGUGAAAUAAAAUUGAAUUUAACUGCCGCUACAAAAUACCUUCUCUUCGAAUUAUAAACGUGUAGAUAACUUGGGUUGGGCGGUGGUGAGGGGGUACACAUUAAAUUGUCGAAACAAAAACUGACUGAGGACAGAGAUCAUUUCUUGGAAGAGCUUGAUGUGUAAAAUCUCGUUGAAACGUUUGUAGAUAUGAUUGCAUGAAGAAUGGAUUGCCGUCAUUUUAUCAUAUGAUAGCACGUGAAAAUAACACUCCUAAUAAUUUAUAUAUAACAAGUCCGCCAUUUUGUUUGUCAAAGUUCGCACAUGCUCAGAAUCCAUGUCCGCAAUUUCUGGCCAUGGCACUGGUUGGCAAUUUCAGAUGCUCAUAAUAUAUAAAAAACAAAGCUGUAAAUGAUGAUAAAUUCCUCAAAUAUAUAACUCUCGCAUAAAAAAACAUGAAUACUUCUAUAAUACGUAUAGAUUUUUCCGCUGCAUUGUCAAAAUUAAAAAAAAUAGUGCAUUAAUAUAAUUUUCUAUAGUUAAUAGACUGAAUAUAUCGGCGUGACACAAUUUGCCGCGUGUUCCCUCUCUGUAUAUCUCCCCUCUGUGAUAUAGUCAAUACAAAUGGUGCGGGUCCAGUGAAAAUGUCGCGGGUAACAAGUUCCGAGGCGCGGGUAACAAGUUCCCAGAUCAAUAAAUUGUCCUGUACUUAUAUUCAAGACGGCGGUUAUUUUGACUGAAAAUUCUGCAAUUAUUCAGUCAAAUAUCAUCUCAUUCUGUGGAAACUCUGCAAGCUUUAAACUUAAACUUAAACUAACAGACAUCAAUUAACUUAUUAAGUAAAUCACGUUUGAAGACAUUAUACUCAGCAUAUUUUUAAACAUAAAGAGAGUGGCAGGUAGAAAUGGAAUAUUUAACUGGAAGGAGUAACUGUCAGUGUAUUUUUAUUAUAAUAUACUAAUUACUAGUCUGUUAUUUAAGGUAAAAAGAUAAUUUAUCUAAAUUCUCUAUAUAAUUUUGGUUACAAAACCCCCACAAUAUUCUUAGCAUUUUUUACGGCUUAAAAAUUAGUUAUUUACACCAGUAAUCCGUAUCAAAAUUUCAUAGUUUAUUUGCGUACAUAAUGGCGUACAUUUGUUUAGUAAUACACAGACUAGUAAUUCUUCAAGUCCCGUGAGGGGAAGGCCCUGAAUCAAACUAGCGCAUUCAUUGUAAACAUUAUUAAGUUAUUACUAACUGUUAAACUAUAUAUCAUUGCAAAAAUUAUGGACUGGUCCUGCUUUGCUGAAUUUAAUUUAACCUUUAUGUGGCAAUACGCCAGAAGAUUAUACUCGUCAAGUGGAGAGUCUUGCCACUUAAUGGCUUAAUUAAUCACUUUUUUCAAUGAUAAACAGUUUAACAGUAAUAAUUUUAAUGUUUAUAAUAUAAACACUCCAAAACCGUUGGAGGUACCUACCUUGAAAGCCUGUCAAGCUGGAUAGAAGUCCAAUGGAAUGAAUUUGGUCAAAACAAGGUGUAAAGAAACACAAUUUUCAUGUAUUAAAAAAUUAUUUGUCAUAAGUGUCAUGCCACAGAGUUUUGGUUUAUGAAUUUAUGAAACACAAAGAGUGCUCAAUAACAAUAUCAUAAAUUACUAAAUUUUGAUACUGAUUACUGGUAUAAAAAACUAAUUUUUAAGCCGUAAAUAAUGCUAAGAAUAUUGUGGGGGUUUUGUAACCAAAAUUAUAUAGAGAAUUUAGAUAAAUUAUCUUUUUACCUAACUAACAGACUAGUACUUAGUAUAAUAAUAAGAAUACACUGACAGUGACUCCUUCCAAUUAAAUAUUCCAUUUCCAAGUAUAACGCCUCCAAACGUCAUUUUCUUACGUUAAUUGAUGUCUGUUAGUUUAAGUUUAAAACUCGCAGAGUUUCCAUAGAAAGAAACGUCAAAAUCGCAGACAUCUUGAAUAUAAGUACUGGGCAAUUGAUCUCGAAACUUGUUACUCCCGCCUCGGAACUUUUUACUUUCGCCUUGGAACUUGUUACCCGCGCCAUUUUCGUUGGACCCGCGCCAUUCCUAACAACAUGACUAACUAUUGACUUGGAUAUUAUUUUUCCAUUGUAUUCAAUUGACAGGUAAUUUCCAAUGGACAGGUACCCAAUCGACUGGUAAAAUUCCGUUGUACAAUAAUUGGUCUAUUGGAUUUAUUUGAUCCAUUGGAACAUGGGGCUUAUGAGGUUUCGGUGGCCAAGUGGUUAGCGCACUUGCCUUUCACCUCUAAGAUCGCAGGUUCGAAUCUCAAUGAAAAUUUGUCAAUGUGACUCGAACCCAGUCCUCAUGUGAAAAGAGUAAAAGUCAACGCUCUGCCGAAAGUCGUGGGUUUUCUCCGGGUACUCCGGUUUCCUCCCACAGGAAAGUUGACAGGGUGGGUUAGGCACUUAGGUUAGGCGGCAGAUCAUUAAUGAGGUAUGGAUUAAUAGCGGCUGCUUAAAGCGCCACUUGUGAGCUCACAGUCUACCUCGGUCUGGUUCACGCCAGUUUCGGCUGUAAUUAUAUUGCGCACUUAAUCAUAUACAUAUGUAAAAUCGCGAAAUAUAAAUAUUAAAUAUUAUUAUUAUAUUAAUAUCGCUCUGGUUUCUUAAUCCUGUCCACACGGGGGUCUUGCAACCAGUUAAUUAAGUGAUGGUAGAAACGCGGAAGCUCUUAUAUCCGGUUGAUGCAUAGUUGCGAUCGGCACCUUCACAUGGUCUCUUAUUCUGUAUGCAUAGUUCCGAUUAAUCCGUUGGAUAAAUCUGACAAACAGACUUUUUCUGUUGACAGACAGAAAAAGCAAAUGUCCAAUGGACAUUAUAUUUGUCCAUUGGAUCCAAUGGACACGCAAAGUCCAAUGGAAAUUUAGAGGUCCAUCAGUUCCAUUUAACAAAUGGAAUGUCCAAUGGCCUUUUGAUUUUUCCAUCGGAUAUUCGGAUAUCUUGCAUUGUAUAUAGGUAUUGGACAUGUAUGGAUUCUUAUACACGUGCUUUAAAGGAAAGUAAGUGUACUUUACAGGAAAGUAGGCUUGUUUAAUACCGAAUUGUUUUGUCAGUGUUUUAUAAAUUUUAUGUCUUUAUGAUUCCGCCACGGAGAGAUCGUUCGGCAAGACCGGAAGCACGGCUAUUGGGCUUGCAUGUGGGUUUAUAUGGGCUCUAGUAAAUUGGACGGGAAGCUCGGAUGGCAAUCUUCGUUCAAGAUUUAAGCUUCUGUUAAAAUACCUUCCAUCAAUUAUUUUCGCAUCAAACAUUGAUUGCAAAUAUUUAAAUUCUUUUUUUUAUCAGUGAAAAUGAAGCAAUCUGAUUGGCUAGGGAGCCUUUCAGAGCGGGCCGUUUUUUUGCAUCCGAUCCGCUCUGAAUUGCAAUUGGAACGCAAAAUGGUUUUCGCGCCAAAAACCGAGGAGUGAAACAAUUUUUAAACAAAAAAAUCUUCCAAAAACAUUUGAAAAACAUAGCUUAACGAUAGUCAGAAUCAAGCCCUAUACUAACCACGAUGUUCACCAGAAUUGACAAUAUUUUGAUACUUAUUUGACAUGUAUAAAACUUACCGCGAAAAAACUAUAUAUUUUUUAAAUGCUAAUGUAUUCGGUCACUUAAAAGCGAAAAAAUUAAUGCUUAAACAGAUAUUGUAAAAUAAAUGUUUUCCCCAUUUAAAAGAAGGUUUAACUGCAGCAGUGAAAACAAGUCACGAAUAUAUUCUCCACCCAUUUGUGUCGUGCAUUUUUCACUGAUAUAAAUAUUGUAAACAAAGUAAAAGUUUGUGUUGAAAACACACUUUUUUCAAGCAUAUUAUCGUGAAACGACAAGAAAAAAAUACAAAAAAAAAUAACGCACUAUUUUCAUUGCCCGUUUAGUAAUCAAAACAGAUUCAUUUUUAUAUGUUUUUGAUCGGAUUUGAACAUGCAUGAACCUGUCGUUGUCAGAAGCAACUUGUCAAAGCCAAAACCAAAACGACAGGCAUAAAAGCUUUUAUUCCAAAGCUUCUCUGCUACCAUAUUCAUGAAAAAAGCAUGUACCUUUUUACUGAAACUAUACGUCUUUUUGUAUGUUUCUUGCCAGUUUUCUCGAGGUUUCAUAAUCGUGUUUUAUAUCUUUCAACUUUUCAUUUUUUGUCAGCCUCGCUUUGAAAAUACACAACUGCACUGAUCUCAAAUUAGUUCGCAAGCGACACUGGAAUUUUAAUGAAUUUAAUUUUUACAUCUGAUAAAAAAUAAACACGUUAUUUACUGGCAACGUCGGUCCGGAUAAGGAAAACUGUGCCCUCGGUCUUGAAACAGUUUUUCGUGGUGCGUUGGCUGUUAUUUCAAAAUUUCUGGAAAUUAUUUGGCAAAGGUAUUGAUUAUAGGGCUGGGUCUGUAGCAAUAAUUGAAGAAUUAAAGAAUAUUAUUAUUUUAAUGCGUUAUUUUUAAAAUUAUUAUUAUUAUUAUUAUUACAUACAUUGUAUAUUAAUUUUUGUAGAAUACUGCUGAAGAGGAUCAUAAUCAGCUGAAUAAAGAUACAAGUCGAAAAAGCAACGUUAAGCCAGCUAAAGGUGGUAAACGUAAGUUCUAUAUAGCAGUAUGACGGAAUAUGAAAUUGAAAUUAAUCGACUAGAAAGAAUGCUAUUAUUUUUCGACUUGGUCUUUGUUUAUGAGUUAAAGUUUGCUAAGCAUUUUUUGGUAAGGGAAGCUAAUCCAUCAAUUUUGUAAACUUUUUUUUAUUUUGAACAGAUGAACUGAAUAUUAUAUAAAAAGUUUCCGAAUUCAAAAUUUUGAACUUUUUUUUCUUUUUUUCCCAAUUCUUUCUUUUAUUUUCUCCAGGUAAGUACUUUAGUCAAUUUCUUAAAAAAACAUACUCAAAUAUUUCCGAACCAAAAUCCUUUCUCAUGCGGCAGCUGCAGAAAGACAGUAUUACACAACAAACUUCACAAGCGGAAGUACAUAGUGUGCAUAUAUUUCCGUUUUACUGUAUAGGAUAGAAAUGGGGCGAUAGUUGUUUGAUAAGUUUCGUGGGCUGUUUUUAAAUGUAGGAGUGACUCCUGCUAUUUUCCUCUCAAAAGGAACAGUUGCACUUAUAAUGGCCAUAUUGAAAAUUUUUGUCAAUGAGUUUGUAAUUACAGGAGCAGCAAUGCGAAUAAUUUUAGCAGGUAUUUUGUCAAUUCCAGUAGAUUUACGAGGAUUUAGAGAUAACAGAAGUCUGUAUAAGUUCGGUUCAGACACUAUUUGAAAAUUAAAACUACUAUUUGUCGUCGUGAUGUAAUCCUCGAAAUUUCUAUCACCAUUAUCGAUAUAUUUGGCAAUAUUUGGACCAAUAUUGGCGAAAUAAUUAUUUAAACACUCCGCAAACUCCGUUCGAUGUUCGUUCUGUGUGUUUAAAGACAAUUUAUUUGUCUACUUUCUUGUUUACGGUUAAGGAUUUUAUUCACAGGUUUUCAUGCUUGUUUGGGAUCAUGUUUGACUUUCUUAAAUUCUCCUUUAUUAUAUGCUGCUUUUGUUUCUCGCAGUGCAUCAGUUACGCGAUUUCUAGAGAUUUUGCAUGCGUUCCAGUAACUUUCCGAUUUAUGUCUAAUAGCAAAAGAUUUAAGGCGAUCGCGUUCGCGGAUUUGUUUUUUAAUUCCACUAGUGAGCCAAGGAACAUUUCGCUUACUUUUAACUCUCUUUUCCCUGAUUGGGGCAUGUCUAUCAAGAACUUUUACGAACAGUGUUUUCCAUGUACGUGUCUCACAUCUUAUCAACGCAGAGACUUUUUUGAAGUGAAAGUAUACUAUAGCUUUAAUUUAUAUUAAUUUACGAUAGCGAACCAGAAAAGUGUGAGAUAUUCAGUUAAUAUGUUCUAUUUUACAAAUAUAGCAGUUCAAAAUGUAAACAAAGGAUUUGUUUACAUCACGGACUUGACAUGCAUGGUCUUUAAAAUAUCUGAAAGAAUAAAGAAUCAAACCAUUUCCAUCAUCUGGUAUACAGCUAUUUCAAUUAGGUUUGUCCACGAGCAAAGUGGAAAAGUCGAAUACGAGCGCGAAAGCUAGGCUGCUGGAAAUCGCUACCAAAUUAAUGAAUUUUCAAAGCGGUUCCCGGCAACCUUUGCUUCGCUUUGCUCGUGGACAACCUUAAUUGAAAUGGCUGUAUACAUUAACUUGACAAAAGUAAAUUUAAUCGAAAAACUCGAUUAAAAAGGCUAAAAGAGGAAAAACCUCUUUGAAAUGAUAGCAAAAUGCAUGAACUUGCACUUAAAACAAGUACAUGCACAUUUAAAAAGGGUUAAGAGAAAAUAGGGUUAAGUAGCUACAAACUAUAAUUGUUGAAUUUCAAAGAUUCUACUGGGAAUAUUAGCAAACAUUUCAUGUGUAUAUAUUUAAUAAAACGCCAGUUACUUUCAUGUUUAAAACUACGAGCAAAAUUGAGACUGUAAGUGUAAGUGUCAGCAGUUUACAAGAGUCUUUGUUUAUGUGUAAUCCAGAACCAAAUUUAGGCCAUUUUGAUAAGCUUUAUAAAUGCAGCUUUUAAAACUUAAAAAACCGCCAUUGCUUCUAGCGCCCUUCGCCGCUUGUUGCUACUAGUAGGCUAUCACUAAUAGCCUACUAGUAGCGUAGGCAAUGAGAACGCACGAUACUUGGUAGACUAUACCUCUCUCCUCCGCAGAGGCUUUAGUUGGCUAUGGUUACAGAGGCAGAGGUGCGGCGAAACCUCUACUCGAUGCCACACCCAAUAUGGCGGAAAAUCGGGGGAGGGACGUAUAAUUAUUAAACGCAAAAUUCCAAGUCAAAAUGGCUGAGGAAAUAUUUCUUUUAUAAUACCACAACAAGCUCACAAAGAGAUUAUUUAAUAACUCUACGGAAUAAGAAAGUGUUAUGUCCAAUUCGCGAGAACACAUCUGUUAACAACGUACUUAGCGAAGAGAUGGACUUAGAUUCUUGCAGUUCACUUGGUGGAAUUAAUACUCGGAUGUUAGGGUUUGUAAUCCAAGUGAGAAUAUAUACAUUUUAAGACCUAACCAGGAACGACUGCGAAAAAUGCAGCACAAGGUCCUCUGGUAGGAAUUGGACCUACGGCCCUGCGAUAGGCCAAGAGAUAUUCAAGUUUUUCUCGAUAUAAAAUAUUUGUUUGUUAUGAGUAAAAUAAACGAUUGUUUUGAUUUGUUUAUUGUUGAAAAAUCUUAUUACUUUUGACCAUCCACAAAGAUGCAAGCACUAGUCAAUGAAAUCAAUCAAUCAUGCAUUAAAAUUAUGAUUUUAUUUUCAAAAAAAGACGUAUGUUAUUUAGCUUAAAUCAACUUUUGUUUCGAUGUAUACACUUUGUUACACUUUGCGAUGCAAAUCGUGCAGAAGUUUCGCGCCUUUCCUUGCCUUCGCGGCUUCACCUUUUUUUCGCCUGCGCUCCUUCGCCCAGCGGCUCCGCUCAUGUUCCAAGAAUCGCCAUGUAAAGUGUUGUGAGAUGUAUCUCAAUACUAAUCGUAUUAAAUCAUAGCCAACAGAAGCCUCUGCGGAGGAGAGAGGUAGCCUACUGUACCAUGUUUAUACUAAUACAAUUUAAUUCAAUUCAAUAUUUACCUACAGUAUCUUUAAUAUUGCUACUAGUUUCAAAAGUCGUUAAUGGACGUUUAGAACCUUGAUGAUCUCGCCAGUUAUAAUUUCAAAAACACAAACGAAUAAACCGCUUACAUGCAAGAGCAUUUAAAGUCUAAAACAGGAAGCUGAAAUGUUAUACAAUCUGGAUUCAAUCGUAUGAAAAUGCCAUGUACAAUAUUACUGACAGUCAAAACGGAAAUACAUGUACACUUCACUGGCAGUAGUUUGUUGUGUGAUACUGUAUUUUAGAUGCUCGAAAUUUUAUGAAAUUUAUCGGCCGUAAAAAGAUUUUAAAAAAUUUUAAAAGAAAAUAAAUUGGUAUUAGUUGUUCCUCAGGUCAAAUAUUUAAGAAUGUGGGAAAUUUAUACUUUGAGUGGAAAUUGACCGGGUGGUUUUUACAGAAACAGCCUCUUCAUAGUAGUCUAGACUAGAAGUUACUAUCGCAAAGAAAAUUCUGCCUCACCCCCAAGGGCUGGCACCAUACGAUCCAGUUUCGCCAGGACGAGGUAUGAGGAGGGAUAAUUUCGAUGCACUAAAAUUAGUCACAGUGGACAAUUCACCAAAAACCGUUAUUUUCUGGAGAUAGAUUACAGUUAAUUAACUGUGAACAAAAAGUUGUUCAAGCAACAAUUAUAAUCUUCUUGAACUACAAGUUCUUCUCUACAAUAUUUGAGUUCUGUUAAUUAACAAGCAUUUGAGCUUAUGUUUAGGCUAGCCACUAUUCCAAAACAUCAAAAAUCGUCCCACCUUCCAUCAUGUAUUAAACAGCCCCUAAGACACCUGUUCAGGAUAUAUAGGAAAAGUGCAAGUUGAAUAUUAAGUACCUUGCACAAGGUCGAAAGGCAGCUAAAAUUCUAAUUCUACUUUCUUCGCAUGGGCAGUGUAUAUGAAUACAUUCAAUGCUUAUAACUUCUUGCUUUUGUAAGUAUAGUUAUAACACUGCCAGUGUCGAAGCUAGCCAUAACAAGAGGUGAGUCAUGCAACAGGUCAUGUUAUGCAGGUUUUUUGGCAUGUCAUGACUAUAGUUGCCAUGAUAGAUAGCUUGCCACUAAAUAACUAAAUACUGUACAAAAUCAUAUUAUCCCCGAGCCGACGCAAAGCGCCGUGCGAGGGUACUAAUUCCCCCCGGCUAUUUACACCCGGGGAAACGAAAGCAUUAGCAUUAGCGAAGUCUAAGGUUCAUCAAUGAUCGUGGGCGCUCACCAACGGUGUUGAGUCGGUGGUCAUCACUGAUCUCAAAAUAUAGCUGUUUGCCAGGAGUGAAGAAGGCAAAAAAUAUAAAAAAAUACAUGUAAGAAAGCUUGGAAAAUCGUUUCGCAUAACAAAUUGUACAACUUCUUUGCAAUUUUUAAACACAAACAUUGAUAAGAAUUGAUAUUGUAUGAUAAAUCCUAAAGUAUAGGACAAGUUUUUUUCAAUUGUUUAUGUAUGACUUUGCAAUUGUAUUUUAUAAUAGACUUUGCUUUUGUUGUUCAAGUCUUUCCUAUGCAUUGUUUGCGAAAGCUUCUUAGUUAAAUUAACUUUUGUAGAAGUUCAUGAUAAAAAGGAAAGCAAAUUUGAUUUUCAUUAGCUUUCUGUACGAAUUAAAUUCGUUUCAUUUCAAAGUGCGAGUAAUAAGUUGAAGCUCGAGUUGAGAAGUUUAUAAAUAUCGGCAAAAAGCAAUUAAUGUCAAUUCACAUUUAAAAACGUUUUACGUAGAGUUUCGUUUCGAAUUUUACAUUAAAAAAAAGCCCAUAGAAACCAAAAUAUUAUACCUACUUUAUAUAUUUUAGAAAUUGAUAGUUCUCUAUUUAAAAGUGUUCAAAUAUUAUCUAUUUUUUCCCCGGUUUGUACAAAAAAAUUAAAAAAGCAUAUCGUGUUGCCAUGACUAACAUGACGUGGCAACGCGAGCCUGCGUUCAGUGUUGGCGUAAUUAGGAAUACCUCAUGUUGAAACAAUGUUUGGAAAAUAUAGGCGAGGGGUUGUUGCAUGCAUGUAUUUCUAGUAUAUAAACAAUAAUAAUACUUGAAUGAAUCAUUGGACAUGUAAAAUUUUAAAUUUUACAUGUCCAAUGAUUCUUCAAGUAUUAUUAUUAAAUUAAUAGCAUAGUUGCCCCGGGUUCUUUUGUUUCAACAGGGACGUUUAAUCACGUAUCGCCCGCUGUAGCGGGCGAUUAGUUCUAAUCGCCCGCUAGAGCGGGCGAUUAGAACUAAUCGCCCGUUACCAAGGGUCACACCUUUGUCUCCCUGACGACUACGCAUUAGGCAAGUGCCUCACGCACAUAAUCGUGCAAGGAACAGCAACAGUUAGCUCAGAGCCGUCAAUAGUCUAUCAUCCGAUCCCUGAGUUGCCGCAUCAUUUAAAUUACGCACGUGCAGUCUCCAAAUUUAUACUAAUAUAUUUAGCGUGUUUGUUGUGGCACGUUAAAUGAUAGAUUGCGCAUGCGUAACCGAUUAAAGCGUAAAAAGUGCGCAUGUGCAACAAGCUUUUACAUCCCACAAGCAAUGAAGCAAAUGUUUUAGCUUAAAUACGCUGAUUCCAAGUAGGGCAUGUUUGUCCAUUUUUAAAUGGGAGCGAAACUAUGCUAUUACAAACUAAUAGCAUGGCUUUUCGGGAGAUUAGUGAUUAAAUGACCCCUUACCCUCGGCAGGUUUGCGGAAUUCCCUCGGGCUUCGCCCUCGGGAAUUCCGCAAACCUGCCUCGGGUUACGGGGCCAUUUAAUCACUAAUCUCCCUCAAGCCAUGCUAUUACUUAUAAUAAUAACAAUUCCACAUAUAUAAAUAUUAAGUCAGUUUUUGUCCCAAUUGUUUUAAUACAAUAAUGGCCCUAUUGCAAAACAACUGAACAAUCUGCUGAUGCUUGAUGGGGGAGACAAAAUCUAGCUAUUUGUUGACAGUUUUCUUCCAUUAAAAUUGUACUUAGACAGAACAGCAAAAUUAUAUAAUACAAUUGUAAGCAUUAUGAAGAAAUAAACUAUACCCUGAGGGGCCAAUUACAUGGAACAUUUUCAACCUCAGGGUUGAACUCAGCCCUGUUUACUUGGUUAAAAUUUUAGCCCAAUGUAUAACACAAAACUCUAUCAAAAUCAAACGCGCUGUUACAUGACAUAAUUUUCAACUCGUAAUAAUUUUUAAUUUAUGACUCGGCCAAAGAGACUGGGCACACGUAAACGCAACACUUCACGUAAAAGAUAGUGUGCUGCCUGUAAAUAUAGCACCUCGUAUUCCGUCUUCCGUUCCAGUUGAUUAUGUGAUCUUCCUAUAUAUUUACCGUUGUAAUAUUUAAUAACGAAAUAAUUUUUAAAAAAAUAACAAUAUAUGUAAAAAAUAUUAUCUAACUUGUUAAUUAAUAGAAUGCAUUUGUUGUGUUUAUGAGACAAGUUGAUGCAAUUGCUUUACGUUUUCGUCGUACUUGAACGGCCGUCAGUACUGACACUGAACGACAUAUAAUUAGCGAUUAUCAGAGCAAUAUAUUUCACAUCGGCCAAUAAUCUGAACGUUCCUCUGUCACCAUUUGGGCAAUUCGCCAUUCCCCUUAUUACUUUUUCGUAGCGCUUUGCAUUGUGGUUAUAGUGGUAUCACUGAUAAAGAUGGCUGCCUGGAAUGAAAAUAUUGAAUGUUUUCGCGAAUAUUUUGCUCUUUGCUAAUUGCUAUCGCGCACCUGACCCUUUUUUAAAUGUUCUUGCACGGGUCAAGACAAAAAAUAGGCCAUCUUGAAUAUCAAUGAUACCACUAUAACCACAGUGCAAAGCGUUACGAAAACGUAAUAAGGGAAUCUUGUAUUACCCGGGACACAAGUAAUACUAAUUUUGGCAAUUCCGCGUGUAAUACUAAAAUACUCAAAAUUUGCUAAUUUCACAGGGCUAUAUUUUCCGUAUUUUACAAACAGUUUUUAUUUUUUUAAAUUUACAUAGCCACAUGCCUUUUUAAUACAUAUACAAGUAAAAAAUUUCCGCCCGAUAAUUUCCAUCUACAAAACCCCUCUACUGAUACUCAAUCUAGUAAGAUGUAAACACAAUUUAGUUUUGAUGUUUAACUAUUAAUAUUCCUUUAUUUGUAAUUUAGGUCCACAUUUAUUUGAGGGUGACAUUGUGUUAACACCGAAUGAUAUUAAGGAAAUGAAAGAAUUGGAAGGAGGAAAUAACGGACAGUCCUCCCCAGAUUUCAUGAAGAGAAACGCUAUUAGAAAUCGCAAAAAGUUAUGGGUCAAAAAAGUUAUACCGUACGAAUUGCCGCAAUCUUUGAAAGGUAUAUAUUCCAAAAGCCAUUUCUACUUUUAAUAUUUUAAAACUCUAAUAUACUAACCUCACGACUGUUGUAAACAAAUGGUUUUCGCGAAAAAUAAUUUUCCCACGCUUUUAUAAUUUUCAAUGAAACCAGUAAGAAAGAUGUCAUAAUGUUCCGAAUCGCUUUCACUUAAAAUUUACAAAACAUAUAUUACUGUUCAAUAGGUAAUUGUCCUGCAUAUCCAGUAUUCUUCCAACAUUAAUUCCCCAAAUGCAUCAUCAUACAAUUUAAAAGCACGAGACGAAUUUGUCUGUUUCUUUUAUAAAUAUAAGUAGAAAACAUUGUAACAAUCGACGUUCUUUACUCGUACUAUUUCUCUCGUACUUCUCAUUGAAAAGGUAAAAACAAUCGCAUAUAUAACCAUACAAAACAACAUAUAUAUUUUUACCCUACAUUUUGUACUCUAUCAAGACAAACAACAACGUGCCCUUCGCUAUGACGCAUGUUCCGCUAUAUGACGUAUGUUACAAAUUAACAUUACUCAAAAGAUCGAUCAACUUCAAAGUUCUCCUAACAUGUACUUAGUGACGUCAUGCACAUAUUUUUACGUGUCGCUUGACUUGAUUAGGCCAUUUUAAAAGAUCGAUCAACUUCAAAGUUCUCCUAACAUGUACUUAGUGACGUCAUGCACAUAUUUUUACGUGUCGCUUGACUUGAUUAGGCCAUUUAUUAGUGAACAAUUUUACUCAAAAGAUCGAUCAACUUCAAAGUUCUCCUAACAUGUACUUAGUGACGUCAUGCACAUAUUUUUACGUGUCGCUUGACUUGAUUAGGCCAUUUAUUAAGCGUGUGGCGGAUAACAAUACAACAUUGUGAUAAGCUUUUGGUGUGUAAAAGGUUGCGGAGAAACUGGUUACGUUGCUGGAGAUAAAAAACAGCAAUACACCGACUGGUUUGAUAAUUUUUCAGUAUCUGGGGCUCUGGGCUGGUAAAUCUGUUAAGAAAGACGUUAUAUUGUUGGUUUCCUUGUGUUGCUGUCUUGCUGAUCAGUUUUCAUUUUUUAAACUUAUUUAUUUUUUUGCCUUUCACUGAAACCAUAUCUAGCAGUUUUUAUCAGAACUAUAGAUAAAAUGGCUUGGUUCCUUUGAUUUUAUCUUUCUUGCUUUCUGGUAAAUUUUGUAUUUUAAAAAAGAGCUACUGUUUUGUUUAUAUAUAUUUUUCCUAAAGAGCAGAAAUAAAGCGGCAUUAGUACAGAAAGAGCAAGCCAGGUUGUCAUAUUCCAGUUUAUUUUUUAUCAGUGAAAAUGAAGCAAUCUGAUUGGCUGAGGGGCCUUUCAGAGCGGGCCGGUUUUUUGCAUCCGGCCCGCUCUGAAAUGCAACUGCCCGCUGUGAAAUGCAACUGCCCGCUCUGAAAAAUGUAAACAAAUUAAAAUCACAAAAACUUCGUUUUUUAAAAAUUACUUUGAAAUAAUGUAAAUAAGCAAACUAUGGAGGAGUUUCCAACUAUGAUAGUGGAAGCGAAAGUGGGUGUUAUUACCCAGAAGACUUAAACGACGAUAGCAACAACGAAAAUUAUGCACCAAGCAGUUUUAGCGUGCCUUUAAACAACUGGCAACGAAAUUUGACCGACAUGGCUGAAAUUGACUCGUUUAUCGAGCAGUAACGCCCGGAAAAUACCACUAAGAAAACCACGUAUGACCUAAAUAUUUGGCAGCGUUUUUGCUUAUCUAGAAAUGAAGGACGUAAACUAAAUGAAAUACCUUCAAACGAACUUAACUUGCUCCUUUGUAAGUUUUUCAUGACAAUUACGAAGAAAGACGGCAGCGUCCAUGAACCUUCAUCUUUAACAUCCUUUCAACGCAGUAUUCAACGACAUCUGAACUUUUCUAACUCGACAUUGAACAUUUUUAAAGAUGUAGAAUUUGCCAAAUCCAGAGAUGUUCUUCUUGCCAGAAAGAGACAGUUAGUUGAAACCCACGCGAAAGGAAACCGUCCACAAGCAUGCAGAGCUCUAACCGAGGAGGAAGAAGAGUUGUUGUUUGACAAAGGCUUGUUCGGAGACCACGAACCUGAGACCCUUCAACGAACUGUCUGGUGGACGCUGUCAUUACAUUUUGGCUUUAGAGCACGAGAUGAGUCCAGGAAAUUAAAGUGGGGAGAUGUUGAAUUGGGAUUUGAUCAAGAAUCUGGCCAAGAAAUCCUCGUAUGGAAAGCCGAGCGGGGCUCGAAAACACGGCAUGGAGAAGGACACCAAAGGGCAUUUUAUCCAACAGCACAAGCAACAAAUAACCGUCGUUGCCCUGUUAAUUUGUACAAAGUCUUCGCCAGUCAUCGCCCAGACACCUCCAAAACCCCAGACUCUCCGUUUUUCCUCACAGUUAAUGAUAAGAGAAAGGAAGACUCGCAGGUUUGGUACACCAAAGGUCCACUUGGGAAGAACUCCAUUGGGAUGUUUCUUAUGAAAGCCGCGAAAGCUGCAGGUCUCUCGGGAAAGAUAACCAACCACUCCGUGCGAAAAGCUUGUAUUUCUCGUCUUAUGGACGCUGAUGUUCCCACAAAUUUUGUAGCACAGUUGAGCGGGCAUAAAAAUCUAAAAAGUCUCGACGCUUACAAGACGGCUUCGGUCACACACCAACGACAAAUGUCAAGAAUCCUGAGUUGCUCUGCCUCUGAUCGGCCAACAUCUAGUGCAUCAAGCCCGUUGCAAACAUUGGAAGUUCGGUCCGUUUCUCACAGCCAAACAAGCAACUCUGCGUGGCUUAAUUCAACCGAAACAGUGUCCAAAACAACCGGACUGUUCUCGGGUGCGAGGAUCGAUGGCUGCACAUUUAACUUCAACUUUGGUUCUGAUGAUUGCUCGAAUGCCUCGAAGCAGACCAAAAAAAGACGUCUUGCCUUCCUUGAUGAUUCAGAUUCUGAUUAG